AACUACGCUGGGCUGUUUCUAUCGCCUUGGAGACUCAGUCUGUGUACAGAAAUGCCACUCAGGCUGCCUGCUCGGUGAAAUAUUAAUGUCAGUUUAACGUCCCUUUCUUUGUCAGUGCUGCUAAAACGUCUUGACAAGAAGCUAAACUGACAUAUCUACUUGUCUUCGGCAAGGUGGACUGAAGAACUAAGCAGACAGAAAAGCCAAAGGAGGAAAUGACAGUUUGCCUGUACAAAUGUCUGACAGCGGCUGGGCUGCAGCGUCAUUAUACAAGGUUCACCUUGAUGGGUGUUUGCCAGGCGGCCCACCUUUCAGACCUGAGGAUCGAGGACUACCGACUCCUGGGAGUGUGCUCUAUGGAGGACAGAACUCGCCUUUUCCAGCUAGUCCAACUGGUUAAAAGCGUUGAUCUAAGGAGCCUUACAGAUAAUGAUGUUAGGAUUUACAAUGACUCUGUUUAUGAAGGAGGUGAUGAGAUCUUUCCUGCUAAUAAUAAUAAUAGCUUCAGUCUUGAUGGUUACGGAAACCCUAAUGGAGAUGUAAGAAAGGAUAAUGAUGAAAGUGAAGCUUUUACGGGUAUUUCUAAUGCAUCCUGUUAUAGACCAUCAUGCGUUCGCAGAAGGCUGGAUUUCUCCACUGAAAUCAAAGAUCAGAGAUUCUGUUCUCAUUUUGAAGGACCCAUUCAUGUCUGUUCAAGCCAUAACAGGAAUGAUAAUCCAAUUCAUGAAGACGGAUCAACCCCACCCAUUCAGCUAGGGCUUCACUGCAGAAGCGCUGUGAGGUGUGACCUUCGACACAGCAACAACAGCAAGCUGAAUGGGCGUAACUAUUUAUGUGAUCCUCACAAUGGAGAAAGCAUCAAGCUGCACAUUACACAAGGAUCUUCAGAGUUCAACUCCUACGUCAGAUUAAAACCAAAGAGUGAGAGAUUCAAUAAAUACAAUCCCAGUCUAGCAGCAGUAACAUCAGAAUCAUUUAUCAACAAACCGUCAGCACAGAAAGACAGAAAAACAAUCUCCAGAAAGAAAAACGCUUCUGCAGAUGUUACCAAGCCCACGCCUGUUUAUAAAGCAGAAAGAACAGCUGGCUACAACUAUGGACUACCUCUGAGUUCUCCUCGAGCUGCAAAACAUGUGGAAGGACAACGGAUCAGAGUGUGUGUGAGGAAACGACCUUUGACUCGUGCAGAGUGCAGAAGAGGAGAGGCAGAUGUUGUGUAUACUCCAAGUGGAGAGUGUGUGGUUGUGUGCGAAAGCAAAGAAGCUGUGGAUCUCACAGAGUACAUCCUACAGCACAGGUUCUACUUUGACCAGGUUUUUGGGGAGGGGAGCUCCAAUGAAGAGGUCUAUCAGAAAACAGCAUACCCUUUGGUACAGCACAUGCUCAGUGGAGGCAAGUCUACUUGCUUUGCAUAUGGACAGACAGGUGCAGGAAAGACUCAUACCAUGCUGGGUUCAUCCUCUAGUGGAACUGGGUUAUAUGCUCUGGCAGUUCAGGACAUCUUCGCUCACCUGUCCGCAAUAAACCCAGCACUAAUGGUUUAUGUCAGCUUCUUUGAAAUCUACUGCGGUCAGCUGUACGACUUGUUGGAACACAGGAAAAGGUUAUUUGCCAGGGAGGAUGGAAACAAAGUGGUUCACAUUUCAGGUCUGCGGGAGGUCAGAGUGGAUUCAGUCAGCUCGCUGCUGGAGGUAAUUUCAAAGGGGACAGCCGAACGAACACAAGGGAUGAGUGGUGUGAAUCCACUUUCCUCCCGCUCCCAUGCCUUGCUCCAGAUUCAGAUCAGGGAUCUCAACCAGCAGAUAGCUGGAAGAAUGUGGUUUGUGGACCUGGCAGGAAGUGAGAGGGCAUCAGACGCCAAAGACCCAAACAAACAGAGCCGUAUGGAGGGAGCUGAGAUCAACCAGAGCCUGCUGGCUCUGAAAGAAUGUAUCCGUUCUCUUGACAAAGAGGAAUCUCACACACCUUUCCGACAAAGCAAACUCACUCAGGUUUUAAAAGACUCAUUUGUUGGUGACUCAAUGACAUGCAUGAUUGCCAACAUUUCACCAGGUCACUCUGCAACAGAACACACACUCAAUACUCUGAGAUAUGCAGAUCGUGUGAAGGAGUUGAGAGGAGAAAUUGGGCCAAUAGGACGAAGAAGAAGAAGCAGCAAAAUGGGACCUUCUGAUAAAAAUAUGUCUGACAGCAGCAGCAGCAACAAGAGGAACAGAAGAAGUGCUGGGACUUCUAAAAAUGCAGAGUUAGGAGGUCAGAACAAAAAUUUUACUCCCAAAAUGCCUACAAGGCCACACACAUGGGAUACAGUUUUCUGCUCAACACCCAAAAAACGUACGUGUGGAGAGGAAACACAACCAAGACACACACAAGGCACAGAAAUUGAACACAUUACUCCGAUUCGAGGGUAUUUGGCACAGAAUGAAUGCAGGUGUCUGAGUAAAGGACCAGAGGUCAGAGAAGAUGGGAGAACUGAAAAUAAAAGGUCCAAUGGCAUUCACAGUCACUGUGUUGAACGGAAACAUACCAGAGCAGUGGGGAUGUUGAAACAACAAAACAAGGGAGCCGGGGCAGAUUUAACUUUUUUUAAAAAGGACUCUGGAUUCUACCACAGAGAAAAGGAGAAUCAUCAGCAGACUAUGAAGGGGAGAAGGAGAGAGGAACCAGAAUGGACAGACAUGAGAAGUCAGGUGGAAAGUUGCAGAGACACAUGCAGGGGAGAGGAUGGCUUAAAGGAAAAUGAAGUACACAAAGCUGAUGAUAAUGAGAAAGUAAGGCAUCUGAGAGCGUAUCAUCAGCAGCUGCAGCAGUUUUUACCUUCAACAACUUCUUCAUCUGCCCAUCCCCUCUCAUCGUCUACAUGUCCAUCUUACUCUUCCUCUUCUCGGGUAUCUCUGCCUUCCCUCCUGGACUCAUCUCAUUUUUCAUGCUUUACCCAUGUAGAUCCUUGUUUAGAAGAGACAACAGAUGUGCUAAUUGAAACCUCUGCAAACAAACAUAAGAAUAUGACAGAGGUUGACAAGUGUGAAAGUGAGAGGAAGGAGGUGGAUGAGGCAGCGGGUAAAGUAACUAUGAGGAAGGAGGAUAUGAGGCUAGCUGGUAGGAAGGGGGGAGAAAUUGGGUGCUGUUGGGUGGAAAGCACCCAGCAAAUCCCAACAAAUACAGAAGCACACCUGUCUUUUAGCCAUGAUUCAGAGGACCAAAAAGAUGUGGGUCUGCAGAGACUGGAAACAAGAGACAUAGCAUGGAGCCUUGGGCAGAAAGAAAUGUCUGACUGCUAUAGUAGAAAUCGUCUGUUUGACCCACCUCAUCUGCAAGCUAUUGCUGAGAGACCCCUUUCCCCAGUAUGUGAAGAUACCAACAUAAUGUCUGUUUUACCUCAAGAUGAUACUCAUAGAGAUCGUUUAAGCUGCAUUAUGGAUCCUCUCAGCAUUUCCCAACUUCAUGUGGACCAGCAAGCUGCUGUAAUCUCACCCCGUACUCCGCACUCAGUGAUCCUUGAAAUGAAUACAUCUGCUAAAUCUGACACUGCGACAGUAACAGGUCACCAUGAGCAACAGAAAUACAUCCCAACCACUGUCAGUAGCAGAGGUACAAACAAACCUUCCUCCCCCAAAGACCAUGACAACAAUGAGAAAAAACAACCAACCUUGAAGAAAAAUAUAACUCCAUCCAUAAUUAAACCCUGGGCUUCAUCUUUUAUCCAGAGCACGGAUCAUUCUGGCUCUAAUUUUUCAUGCAAUACACUAGAAUAUGCAUAUAAUAUGCACUCAAAAACCUUCUCAAACAUAUCUAAGCAAAAGUCUGAGCCUCUCUCUGGCUACUUGAACUUAGCACAACCGAAUUACUGCAAUAGCUCAAAAGUUGUUGCUGAACUAAACAAUCCUGCUAAGUUAAGUAGUGAAGAAAACAGCAACCAGCAAAUGAACCCCACAAUCCAUCUGUUGGACAGAUUGGACCAUGCAAGGUUGUGUAUUAUUGAGGCCCACUUGGAGCAACUGAAAGAGAUGGAAGCAAUAUGUCACAAAGAGGGGGAACUUCUAUGCCAACAGCAUGAUAUGGCAUUUGUGGAAUUUGUCUACAAGCUGGGAGAGAUCCUGGAGAGAAAGGCCCGAUGUGUACACAGCAUGAGAGCUCAGCUCAGAGCAUUUCUGAAGACUAACCGUCACCCUGCACAAGAUUAGAUCAAACCAGUUUACUGGACAAUCAAAUGUAAAGUUACCAUGGCGAUUAAAGCAGAUGAUGGUAUUUUCCAUAACUCAGUUUUUUUUGCUAAUGACAUUUAAGCUCAGUUUCCUAUGAAGAAGUUUACCUGGUAGUUUUUCAGUACUACAAUAAAGGAUUGUAAGAUGUUUUUGGUGGAAUAGCAUUGAGUUUAAGAUUUAUUUAAAAUGUGUGUGAUUUUUUAAAAUGUGGCUUUAGUUGUUUAUAUUUGAAUAAAAUGCGCUUUAUAUGAUGAUUUAAUAAAUAUCGAG